CACGCGCAUGCGACAUUGCAGGUUGGCAUUUUCGCGCGCCAGCGGUUUUCGUCGCUGGCGCCCCCGAGGGCUGGCAAUGAAUGCUGCAUGUUUUAUCCAUCACCUCGAGAUACGCUGUGCUCUGUCGAUGACCUCCUGUGUGCAUGCAAAGCGCGAAACGACGAUGAUUCACAGUGGGGUUAACAACACUCAAACACUGGCAUGGAGUGUGGUGAGCGACCUGUGCGGGUGAAAUCGGACAAACUGACGCCGUGUACAUACACCGAGGAGUCUUGACUUGGGCAUUGAACACGCGCGAUAAGGCAUCAGCAUACAAUUGGUGCCUCCAUCACAGAUAUUGAAGACACAUACGUUUUGCGCGUACACACUGUGCUAUCUACGGUAGACGAGAGUGAAUGAUGCGGGCCAGUGCAGUGACGACUGCAAUUUGUGUACGUGUGUUUCUUUGUAUCGGCGUAUCCACGUCCCACCCGUGUGGAUAUUAGGAAAUAUUCUCAUUCAUAAUGAGCUCCUUAUGACUGUGACUGAAGAUUUCUAACACGGUGUCCUCCCAGUUGUCACUGCACGAUAUUGAAAUGGUAUGAUUCUUACACCGUAAGGUUUGUUGACGGAUAUCAAUGGAUGCAGACUGGGGACUGUCAACGGGAGAUGAGAUGCGGUAUUGGAUAAACGGGUUAAUGGUCUAACGUUAUCUAACGGCCAAAGCCUGAGGCGAAGACAGGACUCUCGCGCUCCGGUGAACUCUGCUAUCGCGAUUAUUGCACAGGCCUAGCUUCCCAUGUGUGAUGAUGGAGAGGCCACUUGCAAACUGCAUCCCUAACGUAUAAGCACUGACAUAUGGAGAGUGCAAUAGGGUAUAGGCCUACAUUGUAACUGGAUUAUAAUAUGGACGUGUACUCUCAGCUACGCGGAGUACUGUUGUGAAGGAACUUAGGAUCUGAAGUUUGCUUAGGCCUACUAUUGACGAGCUACAGUUCAGUUAAUCUGAGGACGUGUUUUGACAUCAUGGCCGCAUCAUCGCUGCUUGAGAAGAUAGGAGACUUUCUCGAGUGCCAGAUCUGUCUAGAAACCUUCAAGCAUCCGAAGGUCUUACAAUGCCUUCACACCUUCUGCCGAAACUGUCUGGAUCAGAUGGCCCCGAACGGGACCGACACCGUGGUUUGUCCCACCUGCCGCGGCGAGACGGUUCUACCGGGGGAAGGGGUGGUGGACCUCAAGAACAACUUCGUUUUGGCCAAUCUCUUGGAGUUGGUGACCUCUCUGCAGAAACCUUUAGUCGGUGAGAUCACUGCCGAUGGGAACUUCAACACUUCAUUCCUCUGCUCCAACUGCGAUGAUGAGAACGCGGCUCACGCCACCUCGCGCUGUCUCAACUGCUGUGAGUUCCUGUGCGCCGAGUGUGUGGCUGCACACCGCCGGUUGAAGGCCCUCCGUCACCACGUCAUGCGGGACAUCCACGCCUGGCUAGCGGCCGGCCAGCAGAUGGGUACAAGCCGAGACCCGAGCACCGAGCAGAAUGGCUGCGAUUCCAGUGCCGUCUACAAGUGCAACGAGCACACCAAUGCCGAGGUGACGGCAUACUGCGAGGCUUGCGACCUGCUGAUCUGCGACACGUGCAGCCGGACCGAGCACGUGCGCUCCCCACACCGCCUGGCCACCAUCCAUGAAGCUGCUGAGAGACAAAGGGAGGAGAUCAAGACCAUCUUGUCUGACUGCAAGAGGAAGCUUGGGGUCUUCUCCACGGCCAUCGAAUGCACGGUACAGAUUGCAAGGGAUCUCCAACGUCGCACGGAUCGUGCACAGAAGGAUCUCCAGAACACGUCCAAAGAAUACAUCCGCCUGAUUCAGGAGGAGCAAGCCCGCCUCAUCACCGAGCUACACAAGAAGAAAGAAGACAAAGAAAGUGAGAUGGCUGCCCACAUCGACAGUCUUCAACGGGCUGUGGACAUGAUUCGCAACAUGUGCUCCCUGGCAGACAACUCACUGAUCAACGGUAGCCACGUGGACAUUUUGCGCGCCAAAACGCAGCUGAUAAACCGCCGACAGCAACUGGACCGUGUGAGUAUCCGCAACAUGCCCAUGGAUACGAGCUCGCUUCGUUUCGUUCCCAGCUCCGAGCCUAAUGUGAUAGAGAAUAAACUUGGUCACAUUGAGGAUUAAAACAAAGGACGUGUUGUAUUUCCAUUCCAUUCAUAGGUCCUAUGUCUGCACCUUGGCUUAUAAAAACAUAAUUUUAUUGACCGCAUGUUUCAAUCGCUCAUUGACUUCAAAAUAUUACCCUUGCUUCUCCAGCAAAUAGUCUCACAUUAGUGCCGAAUCUGAAAAUGACGUCUUGGCUUUUCAUUGAGUCAUAUUGACUCGGAUUUUACCAUAUAUGCUUCAAUCUUCAAAGGUACCAGUAUCGGUUUUUUAACGGAUUGGACGACUGUGGCACAUGCCGCACCGUUCUGUGCAUUUUAAAUCAUUUUGCUCGUACUGCGUUUUCCUUCUUUAAAAACCGAAUACGAGGUGCACUUGGGCAACCCAACCAAAAUUCCAAAAUUGACGAGAAUACGACCUCUUAAUUUGAAGUCAUUCUGGAAUUAAACAGUAUUUUGAAAGUCAAGUUAAAUCAGUGUUGGAAUAUGAUUUUUAUCAAAUGUUGGAAUUAUUGAUUUUUAUCAAAAUUAUAUAAGUGUCUAUAUUUCACGUACUUUCUGGUGAUUUCGUAUAUAUUUGCUCCAUCUAGUAAUACAGGCUUGGGAUAGGAACUUGUCUUUUGACAGUCGUAAGAUGCACAAAACAUUUUUAUAUUGCAAAGAAAGGCAUUAUACAAUUGGAUAACACCCAUCAGAAGAUGGGUAAACAAUGGUAAAGAUUGUAGCAGAAUUUCUAAGGCACCACACAGCAAAUUGUAAUACCGCGCAUGCUUUGUGCAAUUUCUGUGAAAGGUUUUAUAACGUAUUUCAAAAGUGCUAACACAUUAAAACCUGUUGUACUUUUGUGAAUUUAUAAUAUUCGUUCUAUAUUUCGUUUUGGCUUUUAUUUGUCUUGACAUUCCAAAAUGAGCAUUUAAGCAGCAUCAGAUAUGAUUGAGAUAAGGGUGGACACAACCCGAGAGCGUUGUUUGGAUGUGGUAAUGUAAACUCUUUGGUAUUUACCCGAAUUCAUCCACUUAAAUACAUGUACGGCCUUCUGGCGUGUCCGCCAUAACUCAAAAUGAUUGUACAGGGUGAGUCAAAAAGAAAGUGACCGAAUUUAAAAAAAUUGGCUUACUCAAUUUCAUACAAAAAAGCAGGCAUAAAGUACAUGUUAUUGACUAGUAGUAGUAACUGUGAAAAUUUCACGUAAUUUGCAAACCCGAAUCCCAAGUUACGUCUAUUUUAAUAUUAAGACCAAAACAUUAAGCUCUCCACCACUGAUCAUUUACCAUUCUACGAACUGAUGGAUACCCAUUAUAUACAAUGAAACAUGGACGUUUUCCCACCUCGAUUAAU